CUGGCUCCUCUCCGGUCAGCUCCUCCCUCCGCCACCUCCCUGCAGCUUGGCUGCCCCCCGCGGGGUCCCCAAGGCCAGCGCUAUGAAGCGUGUCUGUGCGGGAGUCUCUGCAGGGGUGAUCGUCCUGGUGGUGGCAGCGGUGUUGGUCUGGUACUAUUGUUUCAGGCAGCUGAGUUUCUCCGAGGAGGUCCAGUGGCGAUGCGCCCGCUACUCCCCUCCCCCGAAUGCGACCCUGAGAGUAGAUAAAGACUGCAAAAAGAUAGCGGAGGCUUUCACGAAUGCAUUUAUUUCUAAGGACCCUUGCCACGUUCGAGCAGAAGACUAUCAACCCCUAAUGGAGCUGGUGAAUCAACAAGUACCUUGCGACAAGGUCCUUUUUUGGAGCAAAAUAAAAGAACUGGCACAUAGUCACCAGGGGGAGCUGCUCACCCUGGAGGACAUGCUCCUGGGCCACAUUGCUGAUGGCCUCACGUGGUGUGGAGACAUCAACACUUCUGAAGUGAAGAGUGACUCUUGUCCAAAAAGGAAUGAAACCUGCCCUCAUCCUGCUACAUCGGUAUUCUGGGACGUGGCGUCCAAAUGGUUUGCAGAAAACACCUGUGGACAGGUUCGUGUGAUACUCAAUGGGUCCCUCAGUCAUCCCUUCAGCAGGAACAGUACUUUUGGACGUGUGGAAGCCCCUAAUUUGUCUUCAAAUGUUUACAAACUACAAGCCUGGGUGAUCCGUGAAGCACCUGCCAGGGACUUGUGCUCAGGCUCUUCCAUAAAUGAUCUGAAAUUGGUUUUAAGAGAAAACAUUGAAUUUACUUGCAAGGAUAUGGACAGGGAGACGUUUCUUCAAUGUGUGGAAAAUCCUGAGGGCUCACAAUGCAAAUCUGUAGUAUGAGACAGUGCCGUGAUCGGUUCGGUUCUUUGCACUCUUGCUGUCCAUCAACAUGCCUGACUCAGGAGCCACACUGGGGGGGAGCUGAGGAUUUGAGGGGUGCUACUGUCGUUGUGUCAACACCGAAGGAAGACUUGCUUCCCAGUCUUAACAUAGUUUUUGUUUUGAUGUCCUAAUAUUCAAGAAAAAAAUCAUUGUAUAAUUGCAUAAUGAAAAUGUUUUGCUGAGUUAUUUCAUUUUAAAUUUCAUAUGAAGGGUUUAUGUUGUGUAACUGUUGGCAGCAUCCUUUGUAAAAGUGAACCCAUUUUUCAAUAUGGUGCAUAUUGGUACUGUCAAGUCAAGGAAGAUGAAUACCCAAGCUUUCCAGAAAAUGUUACAUUCCACAUGAACGGCCUUGUAUCCGGGUCCAUUUGUGAACCGUUUAGGAUCUAUUGAUAGUCAAACUAUAAAUGCCACGAUUAUGGUUAUGCUGGGAAAAGUAUUCCGUCGUGUAUGAGCUACCCAGUGCGUGGUGCGUGACACAGUGAGAUUGAUAUCAUUAUCUCCCACUUGCUAGAUGAGAAAAUGGAAGUUCAGAGAGAUAAUAUCAUUUGCCUAAUGUCAUACUUUAGUUCAAGAAAGAGGAUGAUUUUGAACUCGGGUCUGUGGGACUCCAAAUCACAUGUGCUCUCUGUUUUGAGGACUAAACCACAAAACUUAAGGUGCCUUUUGUUUUCCACCAAUAAGUGCCUGCUAGGUUAAAUACAAUAAAAUCUAGAAUGUGAUUUUUCUG